AUGGAAGACUCGGCGAACCAUCCGGUGGAGGUGAACACUUAUCAUUGCAUCUGCACAACACUCGUCCUAGCAAUACCGUACAAGCUCGACUCGUUGCCUGCGCGCGCUGCACCGGCCCAAGAUCAGUCUGCUAUCCUCCCUCUAACCGCCAAAACGGAUGCGAAUACGGAAUCGCGAUUACAGAACAUCACUGAGGAUCGCAAACAUUUGGUCGUCAGGCGGGAGGACGGAUUCGAGAAGAGGACCAUCUUGCGAUGCAACCGUUGUCAUUUGGUGAUCGGAUACAAGUUGGCAGAAGACAGCAGCGAUGCGAAUGUGGCAUAUAUCUUGCCGGGGGGACUGGUAACCACGGAUGAUAUGCAGAAAGGGAACACGCCGCCCACGCCAGCCUGGGCUACAGAGAAGGCUUGA